GUUUCCUCCCCGGUGUCUAAUGGACUGUACCACUGUGUGACUCCCCCCUCCACCCCCCUCACAGUGGGCCGGUCCCCCUUCUUCACCGCCCGCGUUGGUUGAAGCCAAAACAGAACAUCAUGGCGAUUGAUGGUGGCGAGCGUAACUGUGGAGUACAUGAGCUGAUCUGCGUCAGAAAAGUCUCUCCAGAGGUGCUGGGGUUUCUGACGGCCAUCGGACUCUUCAUCAUCCUCAUGACCUUUCUGUUCUGGUACCUCAACAACAAGUUGGCACUAGAGAACGCAGGGAGCCUUCAGUGCCUUGAUGACUUCAGGAAAAACCCAGAGCUGCGAGAGAAGGUCUACUCUGAUGCCGACCUGCAGGGCUCAUCAUCGGACAGCGAGGAUGAAGUGAUGGGUCAGUAUCAAGAAGCAGUCAGCCGCUCCCAAGGCCUCCGGGGAGGAGCCAAGGCCGCCACUAAUGUCAGACAUGCAGGAGGUUUCAGCUGGGAGAGUCGGCAGAAGUACAGCCCCCUGACAGCUGAUUAUGACGGCUACAGCAGCGAAGCCUCUGCUGAUGACGCCAACUGCAUCCAGAGGAUGAGACGAACGCCACCACUGGAUGAACUUCAGCCACCGCCCUAUCAAGAUGAGAAUGGCUCUCCUAGGAUGUCCUGCACACUGUCAGACCUCGGCGAUGCCAAAUGUGAUCUAUCCUAUACCAGCGGCAGUCCCCACCUUUCCUUUGGCAAAUGCCCAAGUGAGGGCAGUGAUGGCCACGAGACAGAGAGUUAUCUCAACAAGGGCUACGAAGAAGAUGUGCCCAGUGACAGCACCGCUGUCCUCAGCCCAGAGGUAAAUACCAGAACUACCAGGGAAAGAUACAAGAACAUGUCAGCCCGUGGAUCAGCAGCACAGCUACCUAAAGGUUAUGAACCAGAUCCAAUUGCAAAAUACGGCACUCUGGACGUGGUGUUUGACUAUGACUCCGAGGAGCAACAGCUGGUGAUGACCAUCAUGGCAGUAACGGACCUUCCACCCGUAAAACGCACUGGCAACAUCUCAUGGCAGGUCCACCUGGUACUGCUACCCACCAAAAAGCAGAGGGCGAAGACAGGAAUCCAGAGAGGCCCCUGCCCCAUCUUCACGGAGACCUUCCGGUUUAGCCAUGUGGAAUCAGAGAUGAUCAGCAACUAUGCCAUUCGAUUCCGCCUUUACAGCAUGCGACGGAUGAAGAAGGAGAAGGUGCUCGGGGAAAAGGUGUUCUACCUCACCAAGCUCAUCCUUCAGGGCAAAAUGUCUGUGCCGGUCAUAUUAGACCCAUGCUGUGUGCUCCCGGGUGGCGAAUCCCAGGUCAGCCUCUCAGAUAUGACAUGCAGUGAAAGCGCCUCAUCAUUCCAGUCAGUCAGUCAGACUUCCACACCAGAGAUCCUCGUGGGCCUGGUGUACAAUGCCACAACAGGACGUCUCUCUGUGGAGAUCAUCAAGGGCAUCCAUUUCAAAAACCUGGCAGCCAACAAGCCACCCAAUACAUAUGUUAAGCUGACCUUACUGAACUCCAUGGGCCACGAAAUGUCCAAGUGUAAGACAUCUAUCUGUCGAGGUCAGCCCAACCCCACCUACAAAGAGACAUUUAUUUUCCAGGUAGCCCUUUUCCAGCUAUCAGACGUCACUCUCAUCCUCUCCGUCUACAACAAGCGCAGCAUGAAGCGUAAGGAGAUGAUUGGCUGGAUUUCUCUCGGCCUCAACAGUUCUGGAGAGGAGGAGCUCACCCACUGGACUCAGAUGAAAGAGUCUAAAGGACAGCAGGUUUGCCGCUGGCACAGUCUGUUGGAGUCCUAACAGCGACAGAAAAGGAUGUGAGGAAUAUGCGUGAGGACAACUGCACAGGGCAGUUGUCAUCCCAGAUGUGUAGGAAAUGGAUAAGGCCCGCUGGGAUAGAUGUUCAGGGAACCAGGGUCAGUGGUGAUGAAAAGACAGGAACAGACAACCACAUAUGUCACUCAGAGAUGCUCAUCUUGACAUAGCAUAAACAUCUUCAUGACAUCGUCUUUAAAACCACUGACAGCAAUUGAUCAGUCACAUCAUUUUUUUCCAUGGAUUGUCUUAAUGACCUAAAAGUGUCUGUAGAUAUCACUCUUUAUCUGCUCAACCGGUUGAGCUUGAGCCUCUUCCAAGAAGUAGGUUUACUGAGGUAUCUGGAUGACUUGUUUACAUGACUCUUGAGUAAAUUAUCUGAUCCACCUCCAGCUCAAACAACUGAUGUCGAGAUUAUCAUUAAUCUUACUAAGAAGGUUUCAAAAAGCAACCCUGGCAAGCCCCCGGAAACACUGCACUUCUCAUUUGUUUGCCUUUGUAGAACAUGGUUGAAUUAGCUGAAAAGUAUUUAGGGUAGACAGAGAAGAUAGCUUUCAUUUCGAGGACAUGCAUGGCCAUUUCUCACAUUAGUAAAUCAUUAUUUUGUACUUUCUACAACCAAGACCUUUCCUUUUUUUGGAAAUUACGUGAAAAUUAUACUUCUUCUGGGUUUAUGUUUUAAUUGUAGCAACUAUAUUGUUCUUACAACACAAAGCAAGAGUGCAACAGUGCCAUACUCUCCUUAAGUAAACUUGACUGUUAAAAUGUUGACAACAACCUGGCAUCACUGCCCUUUUCUUGUGUUUGAAUUACUCUCCAGACUUCUGUUGUUUAAGCUAGAGGUGUGGCUACAUGUGGCUGCCAUCACUGCUCAUGCUAGCUACCCCAUUAAUCACAAUUCAAUUAUUGUUGUCAGGCUAGAAACACAAAACAUAUCACUUUCCUGUGUCAAGGGAAAACACGAAUGAAACACGUUUUUAUAAACUAGAUAUACAGAUUAUAACUUUAAAACCAAUUAUUUUUUAGGACAUGCUAAAGUUUUGCCACAUCACACUGUGUCCAACCCAUUAUCUGUUGCAUUCAACCAUGUGAAGACACAUUGAAGGAUAUUUUGAGCACCUAGGGGGGAAAAGGCCAAUUUGGAUGAGCCUUUAAGAGAGACCAUAAAGAAUUGAUUUGGAGAGUUGAGUUGAAGUCGAGUUCACAUUUUCACAUUUUCAUGAAUCCCUCUCAGUCGACACUGCCAACACAUCUCAACAUUGCUAGAACCUCGACUUAAGUCAACAAAACAACUAAAUAAUUUCAGAGACAUGUUUUCAAAGCAGAUAACCUGACAUCACUGACAGAGGAACUGUCAUGGUUGAUGUCGGGAUGAAGUUCAGUAGUGAUCUCAUUGUCAGAUAUUUUUGGAAAACACCAGUUGGUGGAAACGUUGACAGACAGAUAUGUUAUAUAUAGAAAUGUGUAGUAGUUACUGUGGUGGUUUUGUGAUCUUACGUUUCCACCCAUGAUUGAAAAGUCACACAGAAUAUCAGAGGAAUAUUCAAAGACACUUUUUUAUUGGUAUCUUUUGAGUAAAAAAAACAAAGUUCUGUAACAAAUAAUAAUAAUGCUAAUAGGCGAGAAGAAGAUGUACCUGUUACUCUUUGCAUUGUUCCACCUUUGUACCUGCUCUGGUGCUAUGUAAGUGCUGUUGCUGCAAACACCGAAUCCCUCGCCUUAUGGUUUUUUCAGUUCAUACAUUUCUCUAAGUGGAUCAAAAACAGACACACCCUCAGAGCACACAGACCUGCAUCCAUAAUUAGACAAGCACACACAGUACAGCAGCACUUAACCUCACUGAAGGGAAUUCAAACUUUGAGGAACGAAAUGUUUUCACAGGAGCCACGUUAUGUAUCGACAAAGUUGCAGAAUGUCUUCGGGCACGUGGGUUGUUCUUUUAGCUGUGGCCACUCUCUCACUUCAUUUAAUUUACAGACAACAGAAAAUACAUAUACUCUUUACUGUGCCUGUGGUUGUGUUGAAAGCUAGCUUAGUGCAGUGUUUACCAAGUGGAAGUGUGUGUGUGGUUGAGAACGUGUGUGUGUGCGUGUGUGUGUGUGUGUGUGUGUGUGUGUGUGUGCGUGUGUGUGCGUGUGUGUGUGUGUGUGUGUGUGUGUGUGUGUGUGUGUGUGUUGACUGGAGAGGUACAGUAAAGUGGGUGCGGGGGGGAUGUGAUAUAGGUAGUUGUUGCAUUUUCUUGCUGGGUGUGACAAUUGCUUAAUUUAAUUGCUGUUGUUUAGAAAAAGAUCACCCACUUCUUGAUUGUCUGCUGUAUACUUUAUAUACUGUAUAUCUAAUAUCUAUUUUUGUAUCAAUAACAGGGAAGAAGUUGUUUCAAGAAUCAAAAUAUUAACCCACGCAGAGAGUCACACUAUUCUGGAUUGCUACUUAUUGAUUCCAUUAUUUUAUUUUAUAUUGUAGAGGAGAAAGUAUAACACAGUCAUGUCAUAUCGCUCUGGUCCUCUUUACAUUCCCUUCUUUAAAACCAGAAAGGGAUGUGAUAGAGAUGAGCCGAGCUCAUAUAGCAAUCUGUCAAGACUUGUAGCUUUGAUGCUUUCUAACAGUGUGAAACAGAAGCACAGACCUUACAGCACAACAGAGAAACACACCAUGUGAAAGAUGCUUUGCAGUAAAAUCACUCGUUGAUGUUAUCAUUUGCAUUCAGAACAGCCAGCGAAUAGUCAAAAAUUCACUCUUAUUUGGAGCAACAAUUGGUGUUCGUUUUUUCUUUCCUUGACCUUCCAUAUUUAAUUUCAUUUUAGUAAAUUAAUAAUCAUUUCUCCCAUUUAACAACCUGCAAAAAAGGGUGUUUUUGUUGGAUCAACAGUAGGUGUGAAGGAAUAUAAAUAUCUUCAAAGUGUGAUAUAUUGUCAGUGGGUGUCUGAUGGCAGCCAUGCUCCACAUUCAAGACUUUAUGAUCAGUGAGGAAGUUGGUUUCUCUGCUUCUUGACUUUCUCCCUGGAUGGUGAAUGUAGAACAUCGGUAACAAAAUACAAUAUACUCUUCACUGAAAAAAAGCUGUUUUUUCCCCCCAAAAAUAUACACUCACUCUUUCCGUACAGCACCACAGAUCCUAUGAUUAGUGUGACUGAAGUGACACUUACUUUUUGAAGGUUAAAAGCAGGUCUUGCUACCAAUGUAUGGAAGCAAAAAAAGGCCAUAAGAAUUGUUCUCUUACAAGCAACUGAAUAUCAUAAGAACAUUCAGUCACUACUUAGUACAUAAUGUUAAACAUUUAAAUAUCAUUACACAAUAUAUAAUUUAAUAAUUUAUUAAUUUAUCUUGAAUUCCUCUCUUUGAAAUUUCCAGAAGAUAAUCAAAAAUCAAAAACAAAUUUUGUCCGACAUUUUCAAAAACUAUGUUCUUACUAGAAGUUGCUCAAAUAAAUGUUCUAAAAAUUCCAGUCAAGCAGUUGCAAUAGUGAAAUUAGACUGAUGAAAUUAAUAAAAAAUUAAAGAUAAAAAUUUUUAACUUAAGGAUCUAGGCAACAACGGACAUUUCAAUUUUCUAUUUAAAGUUGUUUAACUGAAAAAUGUCCCACAGAUGUUUCAAAGAGGUGAAUUCAAUCCCCAUGAAUUCAGAUGGUUUACAUAGCUAAAUAUUUUCAUGCUCAGUCGUAAUUCCAACAUUUAAGUAUUGUGUGGUGAUGUGUUUUACAACUACUUAUCAUGCUGUUUGUAAAAAUCUAAAUUAUUCUGGCUUUUCUUUGCUUCCAUACCAAACAACACAGAGGCCUGGUAGAACAAAUCUUUAGCUCUUUGGAUGUUUUGCCAAUCUUUCACAAGAUGUUUUCCUACUAAUAAGGUUUUUAAACAAUAUAUUUAUGCUUUGCAGUAUUGUUUUCAUUUUCUUGAGACAUUUUGAAGAGUCUUCUGGUUUUUAAUGCUGGUUUUGAUUGUUGGUUGUUUUUUCCUUUUAGUUUAGAAACAACCUAUGCCACAGAUGGCAUCGGUGCCUUACUGUUUAUCACUCGGCAACCUUGUGUCACAGUGUCUUAAUGUACUUGUAAAUGUACUUUUUCCUCUGUAUUUCAGGCUGAGAUUAAUUUGUAAAAAAUGUCUUACAAAUUGAUUUAUGAUAGAGAUCAUUUAUAUGUGAUGAUA